AUGUCGGCCCGCAAACUCCAACAAGAGGUCGAGCGGACCUUCAAACGCGUAGCUGAGGGAAUAACCCAAUUCGAAUCUAUCUACGAAAAGCUUAACCAAUGCACAAAUGCCUCCCAGAAGGAGAAGCUGGAAGACUCGCUAAAACGCGAAAUCAAGAAGCUGCAGAGGCAACGGGAUCAGAUCAAGACAUGGGCGGCGAGCUCCGAAAUAAAGGACAAGAAGCCGCUGCUUGACGAAAGGAAAAAGAUCGAGAUGCAAAUGGAAAAGUUCAAAGCUGUCGAAAAAGAAAUGAAGACAAAAGCCUACUCGAAAGAAGGCCUGAUGGCAUCUACUCGCUUAGACCCAAUGGCCCAGAAAAAGGCCGAUCUAGUAAACUUUCUGUCCGACUGCACCACCGAACUUGACCGUCAGAUCGAGGCCUGCGAGGCAGAAGCCGAGUCCCUCACCGUUACCUUGAAGAAAGGAAAGAAGUCUGAUGCAUCAAAAGCGGACAGGGUAGCUGAAGUUGAAAAACAAGUGGAGCGCCAUAAAUGGCACCAAGGCAAAUUAGAGCUGAUCAUGAGGCUGCUUGAAAAUGGACAAUUAGAUGCGGAACAGGUAGAGAGAGUGAAGGACGACAUCAAAUUUUACGUUGAUUCAAAUCAAGACGUUGAUUUCGAGGAAUAUGAAAAUGUCUACGACGAGCUGGACCUUGACGAGGAAAACGCAGAGGACCUCUUUGGAAUUGGUGCGGAUGUGGAUAGGAUGUCUAGCCAGGACACACAAAGCAUACAAGACGAUUUAUCUGAAAAGCCAGGUUCGACGAAAGAUUCUGUGGUUGGAGGUCGCAGACCAAGUACUCAACUAAAAUCCCCCAUGCCAGCUCUAGCAACACUACAUCAAGUCCCCAUUACUACAAAUACAAUUAUCAGCAAUAACGGGUUCCCCCCUUCGAAUGGUUCUUCUAUGAAGCCUGCUCCUUUACCGGCUAGACCAGCGGGCGAAGUGCUGAAAUAUGCAUCCGUGGCAACCGCGGCGGCGGCAGCAGAUAGAAACGUCGGGAUCGCGCCACUUCCGCCCCCACCCGGAAUGGCUCCUCUACCAAAUCCUCCUAACGCACCUACAGGUCCAAGUGGAAUGGCUCCUUUACCACCACCAACCGCUUCCAAACAAUCUUCACAUCGGCCUGGACCAGCCUCCACGCCAUCGGCAACGAGUCCUGCACCUCCUGUAUCUAUUCCUCAUACGCCUUCACUGGACAAUUCCGCCAUUGUUUCGCCUUCCCCAAAACCCGCAAGUGCAAUCUCCGUUUCUCGAGAACCCUCAAGUCAACCGUUAGAACCAUCACCUGAAGAGGCAGCGCCUAGUAGUAUCGCCACAAGCGACCAUAGCGACGCUGGCAGCGAGGCAGACCUAAACAGCGAAGAAGACCCAGCUUCUGAGCCUCCUGUAGAACCACAUACCAACGGUGCUUCAUCGUCAAGUUCAGCCGCGCAAGUUGACCUUACAUCACCACCAGUAGAAGAAUCAAUUUAUCACUUACCACCCGGUUUACAAGACCUCAUGUCCUCAUUCGAGAAUACAAAGAAAAGGCUCGUUCCGCAGCCGGGGCAGGUCCACCGUUACCUUGAAUACUCUCUUCUUAACGCACCAGACACUAUCGACGCAGAGAAGCCCCGUCAUUACAAGCCUACAACCAAGUAUGAUACGGCACGCCACUAUCCACAAGAACCCUUACCGAUAUUUGACGACCCGUUGCUAUACAAGCGUGUGGAUGUAGAUACACUUUUUUACGUAUUUUACUACAAGCAAGGGACAUAUCAACAGUAUCUGGCAGCCAAAGAGCUCAAGAAGCAGAGCUGGAGAUUCCACAAACAAUACCAGACAUGGUUCCAACGGCACGAGGAACCAAAGACCAUCACGGAGGAGUAUGAGCAGGGAACAUAUAGAUUCUUUGAUUACGAGAGUACAUGGAUGAACCGUCGCAAGACAGAUUUCAAGUUCGCGUACAAAUACCUCGAGGACGACGUCCUAUAA